ACCGGGGCCGCGGCCGAGGCCGGGGCCGGGGCGGGCGGCCGCAGCGCCAUGGCCGAGUCCCAGCUGAGCUGCCUGGACGAGGCGCACGUGAACGAGAGGGUGACCGAGGCGCAGGCUGCCUUCUACUACUGCGAGCGGAGGCGGGCCGCGCUGGAGGCGCUGCUGCGCGGCGGCGAGCGGGCCUACCGCGAGCUGGUCAAGAAGGAGCAGCUGCGGGAUUUCCUCUCCAGCCGGGAGCAACAGGCCCUCCGCGCCGCCUGGAGCCCCUACGAGGAUGCCGCCGCCGUCGCCGCCAACGCCGCCGCCCGGGGCAAGAGCAAGGCCAAGGCGAAAGCCCCGGCGCAGGCCCCGGCCGAGCCCGGCGAGUCCCUGGCCUACUGGCCCGACCGCUCCGACACCGAGGUGCCCCCGCUGGACCUGGGCUGGACCGACACGGGCGUCUACCGCGGCGUGAGCCGCAUCACCCUCUUCACCCACCCGCCCAAGGAGGAGAAGGCGCCCCACCUCAAGCAGGUGGUCAGGCAGAUGAUCCAACAGGCCCAGAAGGUCAUUGCGGUGGUCAUGGACCUCUUCACCGAUGGCGAUAUCUUCCAAGACAUUGUGGAUGCUGCCUUUAAGCGCCGGGUCCCAGUAUAUAUCAUCCUGGAUGAGGCAGGCGUGAAGCUCUUCUUGGAAAUGUGUCAGGGCCUAGAGCUCACUGACUUCCGUAUUCGGAACAUCCGCGUCCGCUCUGUGACAGGUGUUGGCUUCUAUAUGCCCAUGGGGAAGAUCAAGGGGACCCUGUCAUCAACGUUCCUAAUGGUAGAUGGUGAAAAAGUAGCCACUGGAUCUUACAGGUUCACCUGGAGCUCCUCCUACGUGGACAGGAACCUUCUCCUCCUCCUCACAGGGCAGAACGUGGAGCCCUUCGAUGUGGAGUUCCGGGAGCUGUAUGCCAUCUCCGAGGAGGUGAACUUGUACCAGCAGCUGAACCUGGCAGGGGGCGCCGGGAGGCUCGGCCCCAACUACUCCUCCACCGUGGCUCGCAAGCUAAUCAACCCCAAGUACGCCCUGGUGUCAGGCAGCCGCCACCCCCCCGGGGAGAUGAUGCGCUGGGCCGCCCGGCAGCAGCGGGAGGCCGGCGGCGACCCAGAGGAGCAGGAGGAGGGUGGCAGAGGCGGUGCGGCGGCCCGGCGCCUGGAGGGCUUCCUCAAUGACCUCGUCACGCUGGAGCAGGUGCUGCCCCCUGUGGAGCCCGUUCCCUCCGGAGAGCUGACUCGGAAGGACGGCAGGGUGCUCUCUCACCUGCGCAUGGACCUGAAGCCCAGACCCCCAGAGGCGCUCGUCCGAAACGGCAAAGGAGAAGCUGCCAACGGGGAGGCCACGGCGGCCAAGGAGGGCAGGCGCUUUAGCAAGAGGCUCUUCAGUCGACAGGCCAAGAGUCCCACGGCGCCCAACGGUGUGACCGGCUCCCUCUGCGCCGAGACCUUUGCCGAAGUGCAGCUAGUGACGGGGAAGAGGCCCAAAGAGGGCUCCAGUGCCGACUUCUCAGGUAAAACAAGUCCCAGUCCUGCCAAGGCCAGCAAUUGCACGAUUUCCUGAGCCAUAGGUCAGCGGUGGAUAGGACCUGUGGAUGCCCCCAGCCCUGUCCUGUGGAGCAUACAGGUCAAACCCUGCACCAGUUUGCACUUUGGACCCUCACUUGCUUCCUGCCCAACAGCCUCCAUCCUGGCCUCAGGGACCCUCAAUCCCAGAUGUGAGAGUCUGCAGCAUCUCAGGACGACCACACGCACCUACAAGACUGUCGCUGGCCGGGCAGGGGUCACUCCUUCUUGUUUACAUGAAGUGGAAGCUCGACUCAUGUCUGCUCUCCUUUAUGCUGGACCCCCUCCCUCCACUGGGCCAGCCUUGCCCUGCAGGUCCCCAGAUGGGGUGAGCCCAUGUCUUCAGGCCUAAUGUGAUGGGGUCUCCAUGGCAGCCCCAGCUCCCUGACUUCUCCUUCCCUGGGCUUCCUGGUGCUUCUGGUCCCUUGGGAGGUUUGGUGGGGUAUAAGGGAAGAGGACAGAUGGGGCUCUGGGCCAGAGAGCCAGUCUUGACCUAGGCUCUGAACUCAAGGUAGAAGGUGCUGCGAGGACAGCCAGGGCGCCGGCUGCAGCGGCCUUCCUGGCCCGGUCCCUGCAGGCUCCCAUACUAGAUCUGGAGUGAAAUGAGGGUCAGGCCUCCCCUCAGCCGGGGGCAGCAUCUGACCCUGCCGUUCUGAGGGCCCUCGUGCUGAGGUCUCCUUCCCUUCCCUCCCCUCCGUCUUAGCAGUCUCCACUCCAGUCGUCCAGACCUCCUUGGCUGUUGCCCACUGCAAACACAUAGGGGGGUUCUUUUUGUGCCCUUGUCUCGGGGCUGCUCCCUCCCUUUAAUAAAGUGCCUUGAUUUGCAGCCUGGGGCAGAGAGAGGGAGCCUGGCCGAGGGUGGGAGGUUCAACUGGUAUGGGAGGUUAAGCCCUGCAGACAAGGGCAUGUGUCCUUUCCCACCUCCCUCCCCACCCCCCCCCCAGAUGGCCCUCAGCCCCCUUCAGCAGUGAGGACUUUUGUGCCUUCUCUAGUUGCAUUUCAGCCGAAGAACAGCCUUUGCCUCCUGCCAAAAGUCAGGCUGCAUCUAGGGGCCUUCGCCUCCCCCAAAGGGGCCUGGCCUAAUUCCCUCAACACCAGGCCAGGGAGAGCAGCCUAAAGUCACACACCACUCCCUCCCCACUUGUGUGACCAGAGGGGUCUGAGGAGAGAUUUCUUGAAUGGACAACAGAGAAAUUGCCAAACUGCAGGCUCUGCGAUCAUAGCUGCAGGGAAGCCUAGGGGCCGCAUCACCCAGUGGAAGCACCACCAGGUGGCCUCCCCCAGCCUCUUACUUCUGAACCAAACUUGUCUGUGUGUCUUUCCUUCUGCAAAAACCCUGGGGCACCAGCAGCACCUGGAGGAGGGGCCCAGGUGUGGGGUUGGGGGAGGGCCCUUGGGGGCACGUCGGUGACCCAGGAGGUGGGAUGGUAAGGUGUGGCUGUGGGGGGAGAGCCUGGCCCUGGCUGUGGGGAGGAAAGGAAGGGAGAGCCUGCUUCCCAGGAUGGGACCCUGACCCACCUCCUUGAGCUUUUCUGAGGCUUAAACACUUCCUGGGACGUGCUGGCAAUGUGGCACGUGCUUGUUCUGGAGGGGAGGGAAAGGGGAGGUGAAAGCCAGGCCAUGGAGGGUGUCCCCUCCGCUCGGGGCCAUCACCUUGACCCUAUGAGACAGAGGUGGGCAAAUGGCAGUCGGGGAAAGAGGUCACCCUUGGUGGGGAGAGUCUCCCUCUGGGGACAAGGGAGGAGGCCUAGGGAAGGGACCAGCUCCUAAGUGUUCUUCCCAAAGGUUUCCUGUACCUUCCCUCCCAGAGAAGCUGGCCUCCUGUAUCCCCUUACCCUCUUCUGACCCAGAGCAGGACCAGUUCCUCCCCAGCCCUAACAUGUGGGAGGAUCCAGAUUGGAAGUGCCAAGUCCCUGUAACCUGGAGCCAGGCCUGCCUUUCUGCCUGUUUCCCCAGGUGCCAAGAUGGGGUUUUCCCACUUUGUUCAUAGAAACGAGGGGGCGGGAGACAGUGGGGAAGCAAUGUGGUGGGAGGAGUGCUGGUUGCUGAAGCAGGGCACCUCCCCUCCGGCCUUUCUCCGCAUCCCCUUUAGAGGUUUGGACAAGAUGGCCCCUGACCCCCUCCAGCUCUGCCAGGCCUGGGACAAGACAGUAGUCCAAAGGUUGCUGAGGAUCUUGAAGCACUAAGCUUCAGGCGUCUGCCCAGGCUCCAGACUAGUCCGUUCUGCCUCUGGACUUCUCAGUUUUUAGUACGUCUGCCCUCUGUUCUAGCACUUGCACACACACUGUGAAGUAUUCUCUCUCAUCAAAUCUCAAAGGUACAUCUGGCAUUCUCGGAUGGAUGGCAAGUUCAAGGGUGGAUCAUGCCCUUGGUCCCCACGCAGCAGCUU